AUGGAUUUGGCGUUCUGGCUGGUGGAAAGCCAAGCUCGGGCUCACGACAGCGACUUGAAGGUACAGGACCUGCUAGACUACAAGAAGCUCGUGAGCGACGCCAAGGCCGACCACGUGGACAUAACCUUCCAGAAGCUGGACAUGGACAACGCGACUGUGGUUGCAGCGGGGGACUCGAGCCACGGGAACGUGGGCAAGACGAAGACCGCUGGCCAGGCGGGUCUGGUCAUCUUGCUCGCGGACAAUACUGACGACCAAUUCAUACGCGGGCAGCCUGCUAAGGUUACCCCGACGUUGUGGCGAUCGCAUCGCAUCAAGCGAGUGGUACGGAGUACCUUGGCAGUCGAGACGAUGGCAGCGCUGGAGUCGAAGCGGCUGCUCAGCGACAUCGAGUCGCUCAGGAAAGACAUAGAGUUCAACAGCGUGGUGAGCAAGUGGGUGAACACCAAGCAAAUGCUCGCCGACUGUCUUACCAAGCAAGACGUCCGCGCGGGCGUCGACAUCGGCCUGCCGACCAGCCCUUCGUGCGGGAAGGAGACGGACACGACCAACGACAUCGAGCACCACGAGGACGCGAAUGUCAUCUCGGACGAGAACCAGGUUACGGACGAUACGGCGGAUCUGGACGACGUGAACGAGAUCUACAUGAUGGACGCCGCGAGUGCCGAGACCGAGGAGAUUGGAGGAGGCGCCGCUGGAGCUGGUGCUACGCUGGUGGUGUGCGCGGUGUGUCGGAUGGUGGUGGACCAGUGCGAGUGUCAGCCGAGGACCCGCAAGAAGGUCAACCACAACAUCCCUGUUCCGAACGAUGAUGACGAAUGGGUCGAGAUUCCAGGCCAGACCGAGCAGUCCGGAGGAUCGACCACCAGGAAGAAGACGACGGAGUUACCGAUGGACAAGGUUCGCAGACUGCAUGAGCGAUUGAGGCACGCAUCCUACAAGCAGGUGGAGCACGACCUGAGCGACGUACUGGAGAAUUAUAUCCUCGAGGCAUACCAGCAGGUGGUCGCCGGAUGCAACAAGUGCCGCAGGGCUAGUUACGGCGCAGAAGAUAUCCCGAAAGGCAAAGGCAGCGAGAAAGGAAAGGGCAAGCUCAGAACUUCAUGCAGAGUCGACCCAGAUGAGUGCGUGCAUCCAGCAGAUCAGCUCUCGACUGUGGGUACCAACCAGUACAAGGAUAAGGUACGCUGCCACCUGUGUGACACGCUGCUCGUGGACAGAGGCACGAAGUGGUGGUCCGAGGAGAAGGAGCUGCGUGCGGAGGUCGAGGCGAUUCGCCUCGAGAAGUAG